CAGCCUCAAAGAAAGAACGUGUCGAAAUUUUGUCUUGUGUUUAUAAAAAGGUGAAAAUGGAUUAAGUGACUAGCUGAAAAGCAGCGCACUCCGGUGCCCCAAGUACACCCAAAAUCAUGCAAAUCAACAAGUUAGCCAUCAUGGCAACCCACACCAGAAAAAUGAAGUCCCCAGCGACGUACGCCGCCGAUCAAGAACAAUUUUUAACAUCAUUUACUCUUGCUGAAGAGCAAUUUAGCGGAUCAUCAACAUCAUCGCUACUAUUCCGUCCAUAUGCAAUCCAAAAUAAUGGACCUGCUAUCGACGCCAACGACCUUUCCCUUGCAGAUCGAUUGGGAAGGCAAGAUGGAGCCGUCGUCUCCAUCGAACUUCUCCCAGCAUUCGCAUGCUGAGGAGGAGUGCAUAUUUGAUUGUGACAUCUACGAUUACUGCAAUGAAGGACUCUACAAUAACACUCUCAUCGAUUUAGAAGAAGACCUCAAGCCUAAUCCGUCGGAGCUACUCAAUGGAGACGUUUCUACCGUUUCCAUUGCCAAGCUGCCCCAAGAUCUAUGUUACGACGACAAACUAAAACUGUCGCCCAACAGCGAACCCGUAAUACUCGGUGACUACGAUCCGCUGCCGACGGUUGUGGAGGAUGGAUUCUACGAGUUCAACCUGCAGCCGGAGGCAAAGGCCAGCAUCGCCGGCAACACGGUGCCGUUGAUGGAGUUCGACUGUGCGCCCGGAAAUAUGGAGCUGAUGAACCACUUGACGCCUCCACAAACGCCACCCCAAUCGACGGCGUUUGGAGGCAUCAUUGGUUGCGUUCUGCCAAUGCAACAAGCACCCUUGCAACCGAUCCCGAUGUCGAUGGAGCACCAGCAGCAGCUCCAAACGAUGUACAUUCCGAUGACCAUCGCGGAGCAACAGCAGCAACUGUCUUUCCAAGAUAACACCUCUGGAUCCGAUUACUACAUAGUGGAUGAAUAUGCCGCCAUGACGCAUAUCGGAACGAACGGCGGUGUGCAGCUGCAGCAGCAGCUUCCCUUGAAGUCAGGUUCUUCCGAACCAUUGCAGCAGGUGCCCGGUGACAUCGGUACCAAUCCCUUCAGUCUCAGCACCGAAGGAUACACCGUUCAGCAGAUGAACGAAAUGGAGAGCAUCGUGCGCAGUCUGCAGAUGGUGGAGGAGUCGCUACGCGCCCGUUCGUCGGCCAAGGAUUGCGAGCCCAUGCAGCCGCUGUUUGGUGGAUUUAACGAGGAGGAUGACGAAUCGUGCGGAUUUUCUGAAACCGGUUCCAUCGAGAACGGUGAUACGCUGCUGUCGUCGUCUUCCUCGUCCGUGGUGGCGCAUUCACCGACCUACAGCGAUUCGGCGGAAUCGUCCGCAUAUUACAGUGGUCGCAACGAUGGCGAUGACGAGGAUUGGAGCCCGUCGAAAACCAAGAAGCUCAACCUCGGUCAACGUAACGGAGGUGCGGUCACGAAGAAGCGCGUUGCAGUUUCCACCCGAGGUCGUGGCGUUGAGGAGAAGAAGUCCCGGAAAAAGGAACAGAACAAAAAUGCGGCCACGCGGUACCGCCAGAAGAAGAAGGCCGAAAUCGAAGAGAUUCUUAUUGUAGAGAGCAAGCUGCGCGAAAGGAAUGAAGAGUUAAAGUUCAAAUCGCUUGACUUGGGUCGCGAAAUCCGCUGCAUGAAGAACCUGAUGCGGGAGCUGUACCAGAGCAAGGGUUUGAUCUAAGACGUUUACCCAUUCGAACGACAUUAUAGUAUACCGACACUAAUCGUCUUUACAUAUUUUACGCCCCCUUACGGUUUGUCUUGCUAAAAGCAAUAAAUUAAUACAUAAUCAGGAUAUUGUGGUGAGCGAGAAUAUUCCCAGCAGGUGAAGCUCGAGAGAGAUCACUGAAACGUUUACUUUGCGUACCUUUUACCUUGUAGACGACAUGUAGCGAUUGUCGUUGUUCUCUAGACGAACGUUCGAAACCAACCAUGCAUCCCCGGUACAUUGUGCUGCUGGGUCACGGUUGAGCACAUUUGAUUACUAUAAUUUUAAACUUUUUAUCUUCAUUCCUUUCACGACGGCAAAAAUGAUGAAACGGUAUACCCUUCAGCAGUAGGAACGCCUCCGAUUGCAAAGCCGCGACUCAAUUUUAAAGGAACGGUCGUGAGAAGUCGAAGAAUCUUAACAGAGCUAGGCUUGCGAUGUGGUAGCAUCUGGACUGAAAACGGCAAUUGUCUAUUACAUGUCUGAUCUCUGUCCACUUGACUACCACUCGGUUGUCGUUGUCAAUCGAUCAUCAUCACCAUUGCAGUUAGUUGUAGAGAGUCAGGAUUUUCGAUCGGAUUAGCAUGCGUCGCAGUUGAUUUUAUUUUAGCCGUUACCUUUUUUUUCUAUUUUUAAAACUUGACGUGCUCUGCCAGAAGUUGUCUCGAGGAUUGGUCGAUGUUUCCGCGUAUGACGUGUAGUUUGCGCUGUACCGAAGCUUUGCGAAACAUAGCUCAGAUCUCGGGGUUACUGCGAGAGUAUCUAGAACAGGAUCGUAUUGAAUUCGCAGUUGAGGAGGUAAACAAACUAUAGGAACCCCGUACCAUGCGUGAGUAAGCAUUUUAUUUUUCUGUUCGGUGAAGAUAAGUCGAAAACAAGAUACAAAAAACUCUCACAUAAACAUGCAUAAACAUUUUAUUUCCAUAUAAAACCUAUAAGGCACAAAUUAGGCAGCGAAUUCAAUAUGUUUAUCACUGACAGGAUUCUAAACGAUAAUCACAGAAAAUAAAACCCCACAUAUAUUUUUUUAAAUUUUAAAACCUAUUGGGGAAAGAAA